CUGAUGGUUAGCAAUUAUAGCUGGUACUCUCAUGGGUUGCACCCACCAACCGGCGGGCAGAUCCUCCUCCUAGUCCCGUUGCGUGAAGGGUUGCUGGGAGCAUGCAGAUCGCCUUCCCCAUCACACGCCUAGCGUGUGACGGCCGUCAGCCAAACGGCUACUUCUGCCGCCUCAUUGGCGAUGCACCCCGGCCUGGCGCCGAUGCUGGCGCUUCCUAGACGGCAAGCAUUGGCCAGAUGCAACCCGUUGGAAACAUCAACUGCAUUUCCCGCUUUCCUGGCUUGCCAUUGCAUUGCUGUGAUAUUGCCCCCUCUCUCCGUCUGGGCCAUGCACCACAAGAGGAUGGACGCUGGCGCUUCCGGGGUGCCAGACUUCUUAUCCUCGCCAUCGCCCCAGCUGAUCACCCGGAGCUCCUCUCUGGUAGCCAUUUUUGUUUCUCUGCUCUCAUCUGUGUUUUAUGGUUUGGUGUUUGAUGCCAGUGAGCUGAACGUACAGCUAACCGGCCUGGCCAUCAGUCGCGAGUGAAACACGAGCCCAAGCACUCCAUUGAAAAGAGUUCUAGUUACUAUCUUGAUACUGUCCAUUGCGAUUCAUUCCCCUAGCUGGCUUUGACAACAUCCGAGUCCCUCAACACAAACAGCCAUGAUGCGCAUGCGCAUGCCGCCACUUCGUGAUUUCUUUCCGACGAAAUGGCGUAACCACAACUUGAUGUAUAUAUUCAUGAUCAUUGAACUGCCUCUUACAAUCAUCAUCCUUACGCUCACUGGUAUCGCUUCUCACGACCUCUACCGGACGAAGCUCUGGCAAGAUGGCGCAGACAAUGGGUUCAAUAGUUCACCAAACGAUAGACUCUACGCCGCAGCCAACCAUCGGCCCUUCAAGACCCCCAUUGUCUGGAGUUCAUUCAUCACGGAGUACAACCUUGUCCUGGGCAUCCUGAGUGUCUUCGUGUGGAUUACAAAGAUUCCGGUCCACAUCCUCCACAUGCUUACUCCGCCCUUGUCGGCCUUUGUCCAUGCCGGCUUGAUCGCCGUGUACAUCUAUUCCGUUCGCUACCAGGCUGGUCCCGAUAUGUCCGAUCCCGAGCACCCUCAACCGGGUGCACCAUGGUACAUCUCGAAGAAAUGCUCAGUGGCUGCUGUCAAAACAGACGUUCAUUACUGUAUGCAAGCCAAGGCACUAUUUGCAUUUUCCAUAAUUCUCAUCCUGUACUACGUUGCCGUGCUCGGCGUCAGCUUGCAGAAUUGCGUCAUGACGAAAGAAGAGCGCCAAGAACGGGAAGAGCUGCGCGAGGAGCGAAGAACCAUGAAGGAAUUCGAAGACUACGUGCUGAAGUCGCCUGGCAUUCCUAUGACCGUGCCGAGGCAAACCGGGCCAAUGCCGACGGGCAUGCCUGGCAAGGCAUCGUUCCAUAAGACUAUCACUCGAAGCACUGAUGUAUCGUCGGCGGAUCUCCCACUUCGUCAGCACUUCAGUUCACCAAACCCUCGCCGCUCAAUGCACCAAGAGUCGGCGGAGACCCUUUCCGGACACCAAGCUCAGUCCCAAACAUCCUUUGUGCAGACCAACAAGGCGAAUGAGAGCUAACUGGCGUUGCAGUCUACCUAAGACUGGAGAGGUGCCUUGAGAUCAUUGCUAGUGCCUGUCAAGGGAUCAACGUGCUCCAUAGUUUCGGUUCCCGCUCGUUGUUGCUACGUUAAGACCGAUAUACUAGCUUACAAUGACAUGUAAUGCCAAACAGUCGAAUUCACACUUACUUUUACCCUCAUAUCUGGAUGUCCUCUACUAUUCCUACAUCUACACCCUCAAGUUUUGAUUUCUAUACCAUCUUGCACUGAUAUCAUGUGGAGUUCGUCGGUUAUAUUUUCAAGUGUGAUUGCAGGUCAGUCAUCGGGAUCAUAUCAUGUUGUUUGUUCGCCUCCUGUCUCUACUUCGUCUAGUGUUAUCGCGCUUCCCUUCCCCCACCUUCUCUUAUUCACCCCCAUUACGCUAAAAUCCUUUGAGGUCAGCACCAAUAUAUGUUGUUGUUGAAUGACUGUUUCAUAUUAAGGUCUUUAGAUUAUAUAGUAGAAGCCUAUAUUCUCGGGCUUUCAUGCAAGCCUUAAAG